AUUAUUAUAUCCAACAAAAAUUACCUAUAUUUGUAAUUAUUUUAUUCCACUAAAAGCAAUAUAAGAAUUAUGUUAAAAUGAUUUGGGUGUGGUAGAGUUGUAGGUUGCUAAUAAAAUUUCCCAUUACAAAUGGUGAUGAAUGUUUAUUUUACAGGCGCAAGUUAUCUUCAUGCACCUCUCAAUACACGUCUCUGCGUUUCAAUUCCCUCUCUACUCACCUCGCCGAUUUCCGUCGUUGCCUUCCGGCAGAGAACAGCUGCUGCGGCCGUUUUCCUCUCCCCGGAGUUCUUCUUAGCCUCUGCCGCCGUCCAUCGUCCAAUGCCGCAUUUUGGAGACGAUUUUGUCGACGGUUCGGACGAUUACAUAUUACAACGAAAAGAAUUUCCUAGGUUUCAGAGAGUUCCUCACUGCAAUGCUGCUGGGCUGAAACUGAAACUCAAUCUCCAGUAACUCUGGGAAAAAUUGAUACUGUUCUUUUUUCCUCAUUUUUGGGAGGCUUUUCAGGUUAUUUUGUGCUGGAUCAGCUGAAGAUUUAGGAAAUGCAUGUAAAAAUAUAAUUCUUUUCGGUGCACUGACCGGUGAUGAGGCACGGUUGCUAGGAACAAUGCAAUUGUUUCCAUUUUCAUCCUGCUUACAUAGAUCACAUGCCGAACAGACUGAUGUAGAGAAAAAUCAAGCGAUGCUGUUCCUAAAUGUAUAUGACCUCACUCCUGCUAACAACUAUCUUUAUUGGUUUGGACUUGGAUUCUACCACUCGGGUAUAGAAGUACACGGCUUGGAGUAUGCCUUUGGAGCUGAUGUGGAACCAACAACUGGAGUAUUUGAGGUUGAACCAAGAAAUUGCCCUGGUUAUGUCUUUAGGCGCUCAAUUCUUCUGGGCAGUACUGAUAUGUCUCGUUCAGAAAUUUGCUCCUUCAUGGAUCUUAUAUCUGACCAAUAUCAAGGGAAUACAUACAAUUUAAUAUAUAAGAAUUGCAAUCAUUUCACUGAUGAAGUUUGCCACUGUCUAACUGGAAAACGUAUCCCCGGCUGGGUGAACAGAUUGGCUCGAAUAGGUAGUUUUAUUGAGUCUGUGCUGCCUGAAAGCGCCCAGACCACACCAUUGAGACAUUUUCCUGAAAGCCAUUUUCCUGAAAGCCAAAUGUACUCAGAUGGGAGCGAUUCUGAUGCAUCAUCUGCAACAGAAGAGAGUGAGAUGGAGGAUGUUGAUCGCCAUGUGCUUAUCUCAUCGCAUGGUAACGUGGGACUUUCAGAUAGACCACCGAUGAGGCUAGCAAAAGAUCGUCUUUAAUUGUAUGUAUGUUGUUUUAUCUUUGUACAAGUAACUGAUGUAAGUUGUAGACAUAUAAACAUCUCAAAGUUUUUGAUGGUUUACUUGUUCAUGGCAUCUCAUUUUGAGGUCAUACUCCCAACCUAUUAGGUUUUUUAAAUAAUGUACAACUAAUUGGUGUUCAAAAUUUUAUUUAUUUUUUGGGCUAAUUGUUUGUAAA